GACACUUGCCAAUCUAUCAACUAAUAUGCCGUCAUUUUCUCAUCUUGUGCGCUUCGAAUGCGAAGAAGAUGGGAAGCCUUACUAUGCAGACCUGGGACCUGACGCCGACGGACCGCCAUCUCCGGGGACGAAGGUAGAUGCAUUUGAGUCUCUCGAGGAGCUAUCUAAGGAGGAUGGAAAAGGAUGCCUCACUGUGCGCAGGCUGUUACCGCCGCUUCCUAGAGACAAUAUGCCGAUAUACUGCGUGGGGUUGAAUUUCAGAAGCCAUGCCAGGGAAGCUAAGCUUAAAAUCCCAUUCUACCCUCCACUCUGGACGAAGCCGGCAGCGUCUCUUGCGAAUCCUGAUCAAGAUAUUCCCGUGAAUGAUUUCUGCGCGAAAGGCCUUCUGGACUAUGAGGGAGAACUCGUAUUCGUGACCUCGAAAGAAUGCCGGGAUGUGUCGCCGAAAGACGCGAAAGAAUAUAUUCUGGGCUAUACAGUCGGCAAUGAUCUGUCAUGCCGCAUGUUUCAACUACAGCAGAAUUCCGGAGGACAAUUCUUCUUCGCCAAAGCAUUUGAUAAUUUUGCACCAAUUGGUCCGACUCUGAUUAGCCCGGAGCUGUUCGACAGCGGCACAUUCAAAGUAGUCACCAAGGUGAAUGGGGAAGUACGACAAGCAGCCGAUCUCAAGAAGGAUAUGAUAUUCUCCCCAGAACAGAUACUCAGCCACAUGAGCCAAGGGACGACGGUUCCAGCAGGAACGGCUGUCAUGACCGGGACUCCCGAAGGAGUGGGCGCAUUUCGUAGCCCCAAAGUCUUCUUGCAGCAUGGCGACGUGGUUGAAGUCACGAUGGAAAAGGUUGGGACACUGAGAAAUAGAAUCAAUUUUGAGUAAGUUUACUCGAUUUGUUGUAUGGGUUCAAUGGAUUGUGCUCCAGGUAGUUACGCGGUGGGUUUGAUUUAGUU